CAUUCACUUUGUUACAGAAUAAACUGUGCAUCAAAUAACAGCCUAAAAAUUGAGCAACGCUCAUGGGGAGGCGUGUCCUAGUGGGGGAGGGUGGAGGCGCGGCAGCUGAUUGGUUACUAGCGCUGUCAAUCAAAAGCAGCCAUGUCAAGUGAAAAAAAAAAAGCGUUGUGAACUAAUUGCGGAGAAGAAGGGGCUGUUAUUUCGAGGCGCACUGUGUUAAAGUCAGCGGAUUUGUUUAUAAAUGACAGCCUUGUACCAAAUUUAGGCGCUGUUGUAGUUGCUCAGCAUUAUGUUUCUUUUAUGUAAUAGUAAUAACAUUACUGGGACAGUUUGACAUCGAUGUCCUAAGAACGGAAUAAUAAACUGAACCUGCUUCGAAAUUCGCGUUUUAAGUUUGUUCUGGAGAAAACCAGCCAAAUGAUGUCAGGAAAGCAUUUCAAGGGUCAAGAAGUCAGCUGCUGCAUCAAAUAUUUCAUAUUUGGAUUUAACAUAAUAUUUUGGUUGCUUGGCGUGGCUUUCCUUGGAAUCGGAUUGUGGGCAUGGAGCGAGAAGGGAGUUCUGUCUAACAUCUCCUCCAUCACGGAUCUGGGUGGAUUUGAUCCAGUGUGGUUGUUUCUGGUGGUUGGGGGGGUGAUGUUCAUCCUGGGUUUCGCUGGCUGUAUCGGGGCCCUGAGGGAAAACACCUUCCUGCUCAAAUUUUUCUCUGUGUUUCUGGGGAUAAUCUUCUUCCUGGAGCUGACCGCCGGUGUCCUGGCCUUUGUCUUUAAAGACUGGAUUAAAGAUCAGCUCAACUUUUUCAUCAACAACAACAUACGAGCCUACAGAGAUGACAUAGACUUGCAGAACCUCAUCGACUUCACUCAGGAAUAUUGGGAAUGCUGUGGGGCGUUUGGAGCAGAUGACUGGAACCUCAACAUCUACUUCAACUGCACAGACAGCAACCCCAGCCGAGAAAAAUGUGGCGUGCCCUUCUCCUGUUGCACCAAAGACCCAGCGGAGGAUGUAAUCAACACACAAUGUGGAUAUGAUGUUCGGGCAAAACCGGACGCAGAGCAGAAGACAUACAUUAAUGUUAAAGGCUGUGUGCCGCAGUUUGAGAAAUGGCUACAGGACAACCUGACGGUAGUGGCUGGGAUCUUCAUCGGCGUCGCUCUGCUGCAGAUAUUUGGAAUAUGCCUUGCACAAAAUUUAAUCAGUGAUAUUGAAGCUGUGAGAGCCAGCUGGGUGCCGCCCCCCUCUUACGUCGCCCGCCGCCCCCCGUCCCACUACAGCAAGAAAGCCUCGGCGUACUCCUGAGGGAGAUUGUCCUGUUUGUUCACAUGAAGUGGCAGCUAGUCUUGCAGACACUCACAGGCCUACGCCAGCACGAUUAAGGUAGCGAAUGAUGAACACAAGAUGC